GAUGCUCUCUGGGAAGAUGUCCGCCGCACUGGAGACAAAGCUGUAGCGUGUGUCCGCGCUCUAGUGUUCUGGACUGAUGACAGGUACACAGAGAUCUGUAUGAGCCGACUUAGCCACCGGGAGGGAUCAGUGGAGAGAUGGCGGGGAUGUCUGCACAGAGCCGGGGCUGGUCCUCACUCUGCAGGCUCUACCUGCGGCUUCAUGCGGUCACACCGAGCUCCGGGAUGGCCUGCCAUGGGUGGCAGUACUCUCUAAAGAACAGAGGAGUCCUGUGCUUAAUGCCAUCUAGUCGACUGCCAGUACAAGCACAAAUCAGACUUUAUACUUCUAAUGAUCAGAAGGAAACCAACAAACCAACAGAACCUGGUGCUGGAAGCUCCGCAGAUAAAUCUGCAGCAGGUACAUCAGGCCAGGAUUCCAGUAAUCCAGAACAGAAGAGCGCUCUUCUUCCGGAUCCUAUUCAAGUCAAAGUUAAGGCAGUACUUAAAAAGAGAGACUAUGGAACAAAAUACAUGAAGAAUAACUUCAUCACCGGCGUACGAGCAAUGAAUGAAUUUUGCCUUAAAUCCAGUGACCUGGAAUCACUCCGAAAGAUCGGACGGAGAAGUCCCCACGAUGACACAGAAUCUUUUACUGUGUUCCUAAGGUCGGACGUAGAGACCAAGGCUUUGGAAGUUUGGGGGAGUCCGGAAGCCAUUUUUAGGGAAAGAAAAUUAAGAAAAGAAGAAGAGAUUGCAUACAAAGAAAAUGUGUUUAGAAAUCAGAAGCUAUUAAAAGAAUACAAAGAAUUUCUAGGAGAUACAAAGCCUCGUUUAAGCACACCGUCCAUAUUUCUCAAGGGCCCAGGGAAAGUUGUUAUGGUUGCAAUAUGCAUAAAUGGACUAAACUUUUUCUUUAAACUUUUGGCUUGGGUGUACACUGGCUCUGCUAGCAUGUUUUCUGAAGCUAUCCACUCCUUAGCAGAUACAUGUAAUCAGGCACUGUUAGCAGUGGGUAUAUCACAGUCUGUGCGGACACCAGAUCCUGGACAUCCAUAUGGCUUUACCAACAUGCGGUAUAUUGCUUCAUUGAUCAGUGGUGUAGGCAUUUUUAUGAUGGGCUCUGGAUUGUCAUGGUACCAUGGCAUCAUGGGUUUAAUGCAUCCACAGCCAAUAGAAUCGCUGCUAUGGGCAUACUUUAUACUUGCAGGAUCAUUAGUUUCUGAAGGAGCUACGCUCCUUGUUGCUAUUAAUGAAAUUAAGAAGAGUUCAAGGGCAAAGGGAUUGUCCUUUUACCAGUAUGUGAUUCAAUCCCGUGACCCAAGCACCAACGUAGUCCUGAUGGAAGAUGCUGCUGCAGUUUUGGGGGUUGUAAUGGCUGCUUCCUGCAUGGGGCUGACGUCACUGACUGGGAACCCAUUAUAUGACAGUCUGGGCUCCUUGGGAGUUGGGACACUGUUGGGAGCAGUUUCUGCUUUCCUUAUCUACACCAACACAGAGGCCCUCAUAGGUCGAUCCAUACAGCCGGAACAAGUGCAGCGUCUCACGGAAUUCCUAGAGAGCGAUCCUGCUGUAAGGGCUAUUCAUGAUGUAAAAGCUACAGAUUUGGGAAUGAGUAAAGUACGAUUUAAAGCAGAAGUGGAUUUUGAUGGACGGGUUGUAACAAGAUCAUAUUUGGAAAAGCAAGAUAUUGACCAAUUGCUUCAGGAAAUUUGUCAAGUGAAGACCCCAGAAGAGUUAGAGGCUUUUAUGCUUAAACAUGGGGAGAACAUCAUUGAUACACUGGGGGCUGAAGUAGACAGACUUGAAAAGGAACUAAAGCAAUGCAAUCCUGAGGUUCGGCACGUUGACUUGGAAAUUUUAUAGAAGCGGAAGAAUUUUCUAUUCAUAAAAUUCAUAGAGGAAGGAAUGAGGAGACUGUAGAAGAAGCUUCAUUUCAUUUUCCAGCAUGCAUGCUCCAUGACUAAAUUGUAAAUGAGUGCGAAUCGCCCUACAAUGCAAAUGCUCUGCACACAUGAAGUCAUGUUUACAAGAGCAUCUUAGAGUCGGUUGUUGUCAAAUUAUCUGCAAUGACUUUUUUUGUGCCGGACGAG